AUUUUGGGAUCCUUCCACUUUGGGAAUAGUCAGAAAGGACAUUCCAGUGGGGAGGACAUAUGGGCCGGAUCUCUGAUCACCGUCAUGAAACGCAACAAUUUUACCCUUUUGUAUUCGUACAAGACGUUGGAAACGCUGUUGAUCUAUCAAUCUCUAUCGGACAUCGUCAAGUUGGUCAUCAUGGAAGCUGGGAACCUGGAAGAAUGUAUGAAGCUGCACUCCAUGACGGGCGCCCAAGCUCAAACAGCCAUGCCAAGUCUUGAUGGGUUGAAAUGGCUCGACGAUGAUGAGCAAGUGGGCUGUAUCAAACGAGUUGGAUACGAGCAAGGGAUCCCCCUACUCCAUACGAGAGCCUUCCACUUUUGGCUCGGUCAACGGCACCCCCUCAAACAAUGGACACUGGCGCCUGAAGAUUGGACCAUCAAGUCGGCCAGCGAGUCCAACUAUCAUAUUAGUUAUCAUCUCGAACACUGCAGGCACGUUGUCCCUAGCGAACACCAACGUCGAGUUUUUCUUCUCGGCAAACGACCAGAAUACUUUGAGGGAGAUGAAUACGUUUGGCCCCAAGGAGCACUUGCAGAGAUCACGACGACGCUACCUGGGGGCGUAGAGUUCAUUGCAACGGCUGGAAAGGGUGGUGGCGAGCUACCCGAAGCAGGUAUCAGGAAUGUUGGUCUUUUGGACAAGGAGGAAUGGUUCAAACUCGUGGCGGAAAGUUCAGUCAUGUUGGGUAUCGGACUUCCUCGUAGCUCACCAUCUGCCUACGACGCGCUGUGUCUCGGCAUCCCCUUCAUCAAUCCGUCAGUUUGCAUGGUGAAUCCUUUUGCUGAGGUAUCCAGGAUCACCAAACUCGACAGAAAACAUCCCGAUGAUAGAACUAAAUGGAUCCUCCAACAAGAUCCUCUGCGGAAUGAGGAUCCACCGUAUGUGUACAAUAUCGAGGCAGGCAACACGGAAGAAUUGAGGAAAGCGAUCCAGUCAGCACUGGAUACACCCAUCGAGCCAUACAUCCCUGAGCGAAUGACGAUCGAAUUCGUUGAACGUAGGCUCUUGUACCUGUUUAGCGAAGAUUGGCGAGAGAUAGCCCUGGAACAGAUAAAGAGCAGUGAGACUGGUUUAGGAUUCGCAACUUCAGAUGGCAAGAAUGUGGGUGUCCAAUCUCAGUCUUUGUUUCCAAAGACAAGCUCCGAGCUGAUAUGGUUUCCCUCUUCGUCUAUCCACAGAGCGAGUCAGGCUUCCUGCUUUGAAGCUCGAUAGAUCGUCCGAGCAUAUCCAUACUGCACACAUACAGAGGAAGACUUAUGGGCAUAUCAAUCUUCUCCAUGAUGCAUAAGAACAUAUCACCAGU